CAGCUCAGUGCUCUGCAGGUAGUGGAGGAGAGAGGUACUGUUCAUCUCGGUCGUGCGGGCGGGACUUGAACGCAAAUAAAGAUGACGGAUGAACAGCAGCAAAACCAGGAAGAUGACAACAACCCAGGGGCGGGGGACAUGAAGACAGCCUUCGCCACGGGCCAGCGGGGAAGGAAGGGCGCCCUCAAGAAGAAAAAUGUCUUUAUUAUUAAUGAUCACAAAUUUAUUCCAAGAUUUUUCAAGCAACCCACUUUCUGUAGUCACUGCAAAGACUUCAUCUGGGGAUUUGGAAAGCAGGGUUACCAGUGCCAAAUUUGCAGUUUCGUGGUUCAUAAGCGAUGUCAUGAAUUUGUCACGUUUAAAUGCCCAGGGAAGGACAAGGGAGCUGAUUCAGACGAUACCCGCACUAGACACAAGUUUAGAAUUCAGACCUAUGGCUCGCCGACCUUCUGUGACCACUGCGGCUCCCUUCUGUACGGCAUCAUUCACCAAGGGAUGCGCUGUGAGGCUUGCAACAUGAACGUCCACAAAAGAUGUACGGAGAGUGUGCCAAACCUGUGCGGCUGUGACCACACGGAGAGGCGCGGGCGUUGUGACCUUAAAAUCAGCUGUGUGGGCAACAAGAUGACCGUGGAAAUUCUGAGCGCCAAGAACCUGAUUCCCAUGGAUCCUAACGGCUUAUCGGAUCCUUACAUCAAGAUCAAGCUCAUCCCAGGCACUGACAACAUGAAGAUGAAGACAAAAACUAUAAAGGCAACACUCAACCCCGUCUGGAACGAAACUCUCACUUGUGAGCUGAAACCAGAGGACAAGGACCGUAGGCUGCUGGUGGAGUGCUGGGAUUGGGACAGAACCUCACGCAAUGACUUCAUGGGCUCAAUGUCCUUCGGUAUUAGUGAGAUCAUCAAGUCCCCCGUGCAAGGCUGGUACAAGUUCCUGACGGAGGAGGAAGGGGAGUAUUACAACGUGCCCUGCCCCCCUGAAGGCACCGACAUCUCUGUGCUCAAGGAGAAAUUCAGGAAGACAUCGAUCACCAAGAAGACUCCAACAGCCACAGACAACCACAUUCCGCAUAACAUGAACAAGAGGGACAUCAUCAGGGCCACAGACUUCAAUUAUCUGAUGGUGCUCGGAAAGGGAUCAUUUGGCAAGGUGCUGCUCGCUGAGAGAAAGGGCACGGAUGAGCUGUACGCCAUCAAGAUCCUGAAGAAGGACAUUAUCAUCCAAGACGACGACGUGGAGUGUACAAUGAUUGAGAAAAGAGUGCUCGCUUUGGCCAGUAAGCCGCCCUUCCUGGUCCAGCUCCACUCCUGCUUCCAAACCAUGGACCGGCUGUACUUCGUGAUGGAGUAUGUGAAUGGUGGUGACCUAAUGUUCCAGAUUCAACAGUGCGGCAAAUUUAAGGAACCUGUUGCUGUAUUCUACGCUGCUGAAAUUGCCAUUGGUCUUUUCUUCCUUCACUCGCGUUCAAUCGUGUACCGAGACUUGAAGCUUGACAAUGUGCUGCUGGACCAGGACGGCCACAUCAAGAUUGCUGACUUCGGGAUGUGCAAGGAAGGAAUCUCUGGCGACAAGACCACUAAGACCUUCUGUGGUACCCCUGACUACAUCGCCCCUGAGAUCAUCCUCUACCAACCCUAUGGCAAAAGUGUGGACUGGUGGGCCUAUGGAGUGCUGCUCUAUGAAAUGUUGGUCGGACAGCCACUCGACGGCGAGGAUGAGGAGGAACUGUUUGCCGCCAUCACUGACCAUAAUGUGUCCUACCCCAAGUCCCUCUCUAAGGAAUCCAAGGAGUGCUGCAAGGGGUUCCUGACCAAGCAGCCCCAGAAGCGUCUCGGCUGCGGUCCAAAGGGUGAGGAGGACGUCAGGACUCACCCCUUCUUCAGGAGGAUUGACUGGGAGAAGCUGGAGAACCGAGAAGUUCAGCCGCCUUUCAAGCCCAAGAUUAGCAACCCUCGCCUGGGAGAAAACUUUGACCCAGUCUUCCGAAACGCCCGCCUGGAGUUCUCACCAGCAGACAAGAAGAUCAUGGAGCACCUGGACCCCGACGCAUUCCACGCCUUCACCUACACCAACCCCUUCUACCGCCCCAUCAAUGUGGAUCAGCUCUUCAAUGAGGACUAAGCAGGCUCGCCGGGGUUGCUUGCCUACUCUCUCCGCCUCCCCCUCGUCUCAACACCCUUGGCGCCUCAGGCCGAGGGUUAGCAGGGCUGCCAUGUGUCCUGACUGACUCAUUCUUCCCUAACUCCCAUCAUCCCAAGACUGGAUUCCCCGCCUUACCCCGAUGAAGUUGGCACCUGAAAAGACUCCUUCACUCCACCUGCCGGCAGUCGGUGGAAGACAUCGUGUUAUGCUUGCUUUCCCUUACCUCCCUUUCCCUUAUUGUGGAUUCAUUGUUUGUUCUCGUGGACGUGAUCACCGGAGGAGGUUUUUUUUCACUGCCAGGCGACAUUUACUCACUCAGGUUUGGCAGGGAACCCAGAUGAAUAACCAAGUAAUCUAUGGUAGUAUUAAAUCUUCACUGAGUUACUGGGCAGGUUAAGAUUCUCACUUCCCAGGCUGGCCGUAAGCUGAAGCCUGUAGUGUAAGGCUGGUGAUGGUCUGGUAUAGACUUGAUAGGUGUUUAGCAUCACUGAAUAGGAUCAUUUGCAUAGCCACUCCCGCUUGUGUCACUCAACACCCACCAGAAGGGAACAGAGGCAUGGACCAUUUAGGGACAAGCUCCUUUUAUCAUAUGAAUUGUAAUUGUCAAGUGAGUUUGGUUCUCCCAUUAAUCUGUCCUCUGUGUAUUGUUGGACCAAAUUUUAUCUUGGAUGUCAGCUGCUGACCAUUCAUGAGAAAAACUCUCUAACCUAACCUAACAAUUUUUUACUUAUUUUUCACUCUCCUUUCUAAUUCCUCAUCCUUCUGCUUUUCCUCCUUUCCUCUAUUUCUCAUCCUGUUUCUCUCUUGGCCUCUUCUUUCUUUUUUAUCCUCUGUUCUCUUUCUCUCUGUGGUGAUCUAAGUUUUUAUUUCUUUAGUCUUUUCCUUUGUUUCUUUAGUUUUUAUAGUGAAUUUCUAAAGCUUCUAACUUUUUUUCUAUUUGUCUUUGCCUUUUUUCUUCAUGAUUUCAACUUCUCAUCCUUCUUGUUUCUCCUCUUCAUUCUUUGUUCUCCUUGUAGUAAAUGUCUCAAGGUUUACAGUCUUAUUUCUCUCUUUUAUUCUCUUGUAUAUAUAUAUUUUUUUUUACUCUUCAUUCUUCUCUUUUAUUCUCUUGCAUAUUUCUUCUUUUUACUUUUUUUUUUUUUUUUUUUUUUUCAUCCUCUUUUUCUUCCCUCAUGGUGUGCUUAGUGGCGACUCUCCCGGGCUGCCUCAGUUCAGGGGUGUGUCUUGCAGCAUCCAUAACUCAAUAGUACAGGUGGCCAUCCCUUUGGCCCAUUUAGCAUCACUCCUCCCAAUCAGCCAGGCUUGGUUCCCUUGGUCCACUCAACAUGGCCCGGUUAUUGUGGUCCAUGAAAUGAGGCCUGGCUGCUGUACCCCAUUGCAGUUCAUUUUGAGUUAGACAGACUGGAUUUUUUUUUCCUUUUUUUUAUUGUGAGGGUAUGUGGUGAAGUGGUGUGUUGUCCUUGUCUCCAGUUUAGAUGUUCGUCUCUGCGAUUACAGGAACCUUUAGUGAUUCAUGUUGUAUUUACAGUGUGUGUUCGUUUGUCUGUCAAGUAUUACCACUGCAUUCGUGUCGGGAAAUAGCUCUGCGUCUGUCCGUGUGAGUGUGCGUAUGUGUGAGUGUACGUGUGUGAAUGGUUCUUGAGGUGUUGGUCUCUGGCCGCACAAAAUCGUGACAUCUCAUGGGGACCAACUGUCUCCAGAAUUGUCGUUUGUGACUCAUUUGAAGUUGUUCAGUCGUCAGAGCCACUCAUUCCAGACGCUUCAUCCUCGCCGGUGUAGUGAAAAAAAAAAAAGUCAUCAAAUUCUGACCCACACGGUAGUCUUGACGCAGAUCGUUUCCUCCGCUUCCGUUCGUACUCGUGUCUGUUGCUUAGUGCGUAGCAAGCCGUGACACGCCGCGUUGUGAUGGUGGAUUCCUACUUAAGUGUCAAGUACUCGUAGCUUCCGACCCGCCUUGCACGCCUCACCAUAGAACAUGACGUAGCUCCGUGUAUGUCUAGGUGUCGCUCCGAGUGUCUGGCUUGUCGAGGAGGACCGAGGAGGUGCUUGACUCUCGACCCGUGUCACGUCAGCGAGUUGGUGAGGUGAUGGAGACACGCAGUGAAGCACAGCGCCGGGCGGAGGGAAGAAAGGAAGGUUCAGAGACGCCUUCGUGGUGUUGGUUCCCUCAGAGGCACAGAAGAGUCCUCGGCUCCACGGCUCGACCACUCGGCUUAGUGUUAAACCCCUCAAGUGAAGGCCACUGUUUUGACAAGUGCCAAACUUGCACAAAUAUUGCUCUUGCCAGCCGGCGCGUGUAGUCGUUCUCUCAUCAAGCCCCAUAAGUGUAGCAUGUAACUCAGUAACACGAUUAGCACAUAAGUUCAGAUUCCUUUCCAUUAUUUCCUAAACACUGUGGUGGUUGAAUUCUUGUUUGGUGUGUAGCAGAACACCUUCCGUAGUAAUGAAAGAUCGCGUCGUCCCAUGUCUUGACACCGCCGUGGACCACAGCAUCUCGGCGUGUGUGUGUAUAUGUGUUCAGUGUGUCCCCGCUGCUCUCCGCCAAGUCUUACUACGUACCAUUAGCCAGCUUGCCAGCGAUAGGGAGUCAGGCAGACCAGCACGCCGCGUCACACACACACACCACAUCCCAGAAACAAGACCCAAGUACUGCUCUGCUCAUCCUGAUGACACGAGGGGCGGCGGCGGGCGCGUCCUGGCUUCCCUCACGCCGCCCGCUGCCGCCCUGUGUGUGUCGUGCUAGCGGGGUGCAGGCCAGUGUUUGAGACCGUUAGAGGGGGUGUGGAGGGUGUGGUGUGCGUGUGGUUACUACACUGAAGAGAAUUUCAUGGGCCAACUACAUUUUGACGUAUCUUUGAAUUCCCUGCACGUGGAGAUUUGUCACUGUCGCUGUUCCUAAGCAAUGUGUGUCUUCUCUCAUGUUACAAGAGUUAGAUAAAAAAAAUAUAUAUAUACAUAUAUAUAUAUAUAUAUAUAUAUAUAUAUAUAUAUAUAUAUAUAUAUAUAAACAUGCACAUUUUGUUGCUCUGGAUGUCGUUUUAGCGCCAGGAAUUCAACCAUCAGUGCAUCACCAACAUUCUUUGAGGACAAUGCACGUUUUCUGUUAUCGCUAAGUUUCCACGAUGCUGUGCUCUACGAGGUGGUGGCAUAGCACUGUCUGAGGUGCGGGUGUGCUGGGGUGUGGCUGGUGUGCCUGUCUGUGUCCAAGGAAAACAAGAAGUGACCCGUGAACACCUCCAGGCACACGCACUCACACCUAACCUUGGAGAGUCGAGCUAAGAACAUUCCACUUUAGAUUAGGAGGAAGGCACACACUGACAUCUUAAAUAGUUCCCGCAGUGCGUCACCCUUGUAGCGCUCCGUUGACUGGCCAUCGCGUUGUGGCCGUCUAUACCCAGGCACAUUCUAGCUUAGGGUGUGACAAUGGCUGACGUCGCACCUUGUCGCCGUCACCUGAGACUAGCAUCUUCCGUAGCAAAUCCUCGUAAAUCACCAUUAAUUCCACGCUCAAGUACCAGCGAUACUCAGAUUAUAUUAGUCCCUUGUGGUGUUUUUUGGGAGCGUUUUCUUUGGAGAGUAGCACUAGCGGUCCUUGUCUCGCCGUGUGUUGGGCAUUGCAGGGCAUGAGGGAAUCCAUAAGUGUCCACCAAACCCUGGCAUAUUCUGAUACACUCUUCCAUUACCGCUGUCCAUGCGACUGAUGAGCCCAGGUAUAUAAGUCUUCAAUCAGAAUAUUCUAGGGCUUAGCAAGGGUUAACAGCUCGCUCAGGCCCCCCAAUACCCUCACUCACACCCCACCAGACAGUUCAGUAGCUAGGCGUGUCAGGACAAGCGCCACGCAGCCCUCGUCACACCAGCACCCGGCAGCACAGACUCGGAGCAUUGCGCUGACUUGUGGCUCGUUUCGGUCCCUACAAAAAAAAACCAAGGGUGUUUUCGUACGCCAAAACUGUGUGAUAAAGGAAUAAUGUAGCGCUGUUGUCCCUCUAGAUGACUUCCUGCGUUUCUUGAGUUGCUUGGUACAGAUACGUAAGGUUAAGCAAAGGUUUCCAGUCUACUACUACAGGUUUAGUCGUUGGUUUAGUAGUUAAGUAAGCGCUGAGAGUAUUCUUGUUCUUUAGGCUUUGUGACGGCCGUACUAAGUGACAUUUAGUAUUAUUAGUCUCAGAUGAUAUAUGACUUAGAGCAAGUUAGCUUUUUAUUAACAAGUUGCAGUACGUAUAUACCAUUGUUGUAUUUUAAAUUAUACCAUAUUAUAAUUAUGCUUGACGCUCUUAAAGAGGAAUACUAGUGUAAACUUUUAAGGCAUUUGAUCACCGUGUUGUAUAUUAUUAAUGCACAUUUAAGCAAUUUUGGCCUCUGUGAUGCUUUUAUGAGUAAACCCUUCGUCUUCCACUCUUCCUCGAACUUUUGCGGCGGCGGUGGCGGCGGCGGCUCUGACUGCCCGCUGCCUCCCACACGCCGGAGUCUUGAUGUGACUGUCGCUGGCACGUUCACCACUCGGAGAUAACUGCAACCUUUCCCCGCCAGUCUGCUUUGCCCUCGUAAUGCUAGGCUUGUAUAGUAAUGUACAAUAACUCACAGUGGUUUGUUGUGACCCUUUACUCAUAUGGAUAACGAGCACACGACAUUCUUUGCGUCUCCCUGUAAAGAUUCAAACACGCAGUCUAUCCACCGCUGGACAAAACUAAAGAAAACGUGGUGUGUGCGUCCCGAUGUUUUAGACGUAGACUGAAGCAAACUGAAGGAGAAGGUUUGAUGCACUUCCAUUACAUUCCAUUUCCACAAUCAGACAGUGACGAUAAAUGUUUCUGAGCCUGAAGGUUGGAAGACUGCCGUGAGCUUCCGAGUCCCCGAGGUCACCCCACACUGGGAUGGUCUCAGCUUAACCUAACCCAACACCGCACCGUUUAAUCUUAUAAUAGGUUUAGCUUAUAUGCAUCAAAUACUGCGUUACAUACUCAGUCACUACCACCAAAAGUUAAAAAAGGAAGGUGUGUGUAGAUGACGUGCUGAUACGUGACUAAAUACAGUACUACACCCAUCUCUCCACCCCCCUCCAACCCAGCCCUGUCAUCCUGUUUGGUGGCAUUUUUACAUUCAGUAUUUGGUGUCUGUUUGGUAUAUUGAUGUUUAGCUGAUGUGAGAAUGGUCAGUCCCGUGGCACUCAGAACCUUAAAUGUACUAUAUUAGUAAUGCAUUUAGCCUCAAUAAGUACGUAAAGUAAAGCUUAGUUAGGUCAAGUCUUGAAGGACGUAAGUUGUAGUGAAGGUUGUAUGAAGAAUGCACAAAACAAAUAUUCUUACUCUUAGUAAUUCAAGAAAUGGCACAAAAGAAAGCAUAAUUUUGGUUCAACUAACCAACAUAGAAAAUUUUCUUUGUUUAACCAGCAUUUUAAAACACAAGACUCGUGAAAUUUAUUGAUAUUACCUUGAAUUAUAGAGAUUAUUUAUGAUUUUUUAUCUUAAGUCGCCAAAAUCUUGAUGUGUGUGUGUAAACCUCCUUGAUGAAGAACAGAGGCAAGGAAUGUGUAGAGGGACGCACCGCCGCCACCCACUUGGCACAGCCUCGGCCUUCACUCCACCCUCACUACUGAAAAGCACACUUACCACUCACUCCUAACACACAAACCAUAAUUACUGCCACACAAAUUCAGUCACUAAGGUGGCAACAAAUUUGAUGGGAGGUGAGUUACACAUUCAUUUCACAUGAAGCCAAACCUGAACACACUUAAGCCACGAUGCAUUGUCUGGUGUUGCCGAGACUGUGUCGAGCUGUUGUGUGUGGCAAGGGUUUCACCGCAGCAGCAGGGUGGUGGCGGUGCUGCGUGUGGUGGUGGUGUGCCGCGUCCUGCAGCACCAGGGGCUGUGGGGCGGCGGUGCAGGCAGAGGGCAGGUAUGGAGGACAUUCCUAGUAGAGGGGGUGGCAGUGAGUGAGCCCCUGAUUACAGUUUUGUAGCUAAAGAAGAAAGAAUCAUUAGGAAACUCCCAUCAAUCAUUCUAGUUAAUGUUGUUGACCCAAUACUACAGAUUCUACUAAGAGAAUACUAUUGUAAUGUUUUGGUAUCAGUGUUUAUUUUUAUAAAGCAUAUCCGGUUUAAGAGAAGUAAGCGCGUUAUGCAGUCAGUAGCGAGUGCAUGGCCAAGGUAGCAUACUUAUGGGUGUGUUAGUGAAGAAAUUUUACAUUCUAAAGUGACUUAGCAUCAUAUUCCACUUUGAACUGUUAGUCUAGUUUGUAUACCGUAUAACACGCUGACCCAACACUCCCACCCACCGCUAAGUCACAGAGAGGUCCUCAGGGAAGCAACUCACCAGAGGGACCGAGGCUGCUGGUGCCCACUGUGUUUGGCCCUCUCUCAAUCUGGCAGGUCAGAUUCAUAAUAUCCACGGACUGUCUUUUUGGCUUAGCCUAAUGUUAUGACCAUCAAUUUAUCCAUUAAUGCCCCCAGUUGUCAAACUUUAAAAUUAUAAAUUAUAUAAGUUAAUAAAACAAAAAUAUUU